AAAAAACAGCAGAUGCCUAGCCUAUACCCGAGUUUUCUCAACACUUGGUCAAAAAAACAUAAAGUUUCUUUCUCAACCCUAACCACACGACAGCCGACCUCCUCUUCAUCACCCUCAUCCUCCGCCUCCGCUCCCAUCCUCCUUCUCCGGCUCUGACGCCGGAGCUCCGCGGAACUCCACACUCCCGAUCCAGCUUCUCUCUCUCCUUGGAACUUCCAACCCGUCUCGGCGUGAGGCAUCUCUGCCUCUCCGGUCUUUCAAGCCCCACCCAGCCCCCACUGCCGAGCUCCUUGCCCAGCAACCUGCAACUAGCAAACCCGUCUCCCGGUCUUCGGUCUCCGAUCUCCACCUCCAGCCCUCCAGACUCCCUAUCCAGCUUCUCUCCUUUCAACUCUACAACUAGCAAACCCGUCUCCGGUCUCCGAUCUCCGCCUCUAGCCCUCCAGCCUCCAGGUAUCUCUCUGUUAGGUUCCAGUGUCUCCCUUCAAUUCAGUGAUUCAAAGUUUUGUUUUGUGCGUGGGUGUGAAUUUGACUUAGGGAUUUCAGGGAGGAAAGAUUGAAAGAAUUAGGGGCGAUGGAGAAGGAGCUGGUGGAGGUGUUUGAGGAGGUGAUGAAGGCGGCGGAACCCACGAAAUCGUGUGACGGAGACGCCGAGGAAAGCAAUUCCUUGAGCCUUGGCCCGGUUGGGGAUUACAUUGUUUAUUUUCAUUUCAUGGAUACUCUCGGCUUGAAGAGUACCUUUAGUUAUUUUCCAUUUCAUCAGUGUUAUAUGCUACUAUGAACAACCUCAAGCUAGGGGUGGAUGUGGUUAGUGCCCACAAUCUUUUGCCUAAAGAUGGGCAAGGUUCAUCCAAUGCAUUUGUGGAGCUGUACUUCGAUGGCCAGAGGUUCCGCAGCACUAUAAAAGAAAAGGACCUCAGCCCUGUUUGGAACGAGAGCUUCUACUUCAACAUCUCUGAUCCUUCAAACCUCCACUAUCUUAGUCUCGAGGCCUAUGUCUACAACGAUGUCAAAGCUACUCACUCCAGGUCCUUUCUUGGAAAGAUCAGCCUCACUGGAAAUUCAUUUGUCCCCUAUUCUGAUGCUGUUGUCUUGCAUUACCCUUUGGAAAAGCGUGGCAUCUUCUCACGUGUAAGAGGAGAGCUCGGCUUGAAGGUUUAUGUUACUGAUGACCCAACAAUUAAGUCCUCCAUGCCAUUGCCUGCUUCUGAAUCCCUUACUGAUCAGGAUCCAGGCCUUGCACAGACCCAAGGAGUUUCGACUCCUGGCAUGAGCUCAUUUCGGAGUGAGAAAUCUCAGGCAAGACACACCUUUCACCAUCUGCCAAAUCCAGGUCAACAGAGCCAACAUCAGCGUAAUGCUUCUGCUGCACCAGAUACUCAUUAUGUACCCAAGUAUGAAGCUGAUCAAAUGAAAUCUGAAACGCAGCCUGCAAAGCUGGUUCGCAUGUACUCUGCUUCAGCAUCACAACCUGAUGACUAUGCACUUAAAGAGACUAGCCCUUACCUUGGAGGUGGGAGAGUUGUUGGUGAACGUGUUAUUCACGGAGACAAGACUGCAAGCACCUAUGAUCUAGUUGAAAGGAUGUACUUUCUCUAUGUAAGGGUUGUUAAAGCUCGCGAGCUUCCUGCCAUGGAUGUUACUGGAAGUCUAGAUCCUUUUGUUGAAGCUAGAAUUGGAAACUACAAAGGGAUUACAAAACACUAUGAGAAGCAACAAAAUCCAGUAUGGAAUCAAGUUUUCGCUUUUUCAAAGGACCGCAUGCAAGCAUCUGUGUUAGAAGUUGUGGUUAAAGACAAGGACCUUCUUAAAGAUGACUUUGUGGGAAUUGUGAGGUUCGACAUCAAUGAGGUUCCAUUAAGAGUUCCACCUGACAGUCCUCUAGCUCCAGAGUGGUACCGACUUCAGGACAAAAAAGGCGAAAAGAUUGAGGGGGAGUUGAUGCUUGCAGUCUGGAUUGGCACUCAAGCAGAUGAGGCUUUUUCUGAUGCAUGGCACUCUGAUCUUGCUACACCUGUUGAUAGCUCACCAGCUGCAUCCGCAGUGAUUCGCUCAAAGGUGUAUCAUGCACCAAGGUUGUGGUAUGUACGUGUGAAUGUUAUAGAGGCACAAGACCUGUUUGCAUCAGAGAAGAAUCGUUUCCCAGAUGCAUAUGUCAAGGCAUCUAAUCUGUUGUAUGUUGACCAGCCUAUUGGUGUGUCAUUUAGCAAACUGAUUCUAAGACUUGUGGUUAUUUCGUCAUGCGUUAUAUGAAAGAAAUUGUGGAGGACAAGAACUUGGAGUUUGCUACCAAGUGGGAAAGGAUAUCAAAUCUUGCUUACACACAGAAGGAUAUUGAUGUGGUUCGAGCUGAAUUGUCAAAUCAUGUUAUGAAGUUCUAACUUUGGUUCUGUUUAAGGUAGAUGAGUAGCACCAGGAACUGCUUUUGUGCAUUUAUAUAUAACUGAUGGAAAGUGUUGAUGAACCUAAAUUAUGCAUGCAGUUGCUUUGCCUAGCUACUCUUUCUUUACCUUAUAGGUUUUUGACUUAGUGCAAUAUUAGGUAAAUGAUCGAGAUCGAUGAGAUGGUUUUUUGGUUCUCUUGAUCAUUAUGUAACUGUUGGCUAGGUUUAGAGUUGGAACUAUGGAUUGUAUUUUGGAUGAUGUUGAUGCAAUUAAUGAAACGUAGCCAUCAUUUUCAAUGCA